UCUCAGCGACACUGUGUGCCUUGGUGAACCUUAGAUGUGUGCUGCUAUGGCGUAUGGGCGUGUCUGUGUGCUGGUGUGUGCGAAGCAGCGAGAUUUCAUGCUUGCUUGGGAGGGAGUGGUCUUCGCCUCCUCUUGCGCAUAUUCCAUUUGGGUGACCUUGAACCGAGUGCUGGAGACAAAUUGUGUCUGUUCCUGAGGCUGCGGCUUCGGGGAGAGGAGCCAUGAUGUCUCCGUGCUGCAUUGUGCUUUGAAGGAGGGUGCUGCCAAUGCAUCUGGGUGACUUGGCUUUUGUAACUGCAUGAGCUGCCGUCUGGGAGGCCCGAGGCCUGGGCGCCCCCUUACCGCCCAUGGCUGAGACUGGCGCUCCCCGCCGCUUCCGUCGGGCACUGCCCCGGGGGGAGGCGGCGGGGGCGAUGCAGGAGCUGGCGCGGGCGCUGGCCCACCUGCUGGAGGCUGAACGGCAGGAGCGGGCGCGCGUCGAGGCGCAGGAGGCGGAGGACCAGCAAGCUCGAGUCCUGGCGCAGCUGCUGCGGCUCUGGGGCGCUCCUCGGGCGGCGGACCCCGCGGCGCUGGGCCUGGACGACGACCCCGACGCCCCCGCCGCGCAGCUCGCGCGCGCCCUGCUCCGUGCCCGCCUGGACCCCGCCGCCCUAGCCGCUCAGCUGGCCCCCGCCCCCGCGUCUGUGCUCAGAACUCGGCCCCCGGCCUACGACGAUGGCCCUGCGGGCCCAGAUGCCGAGGAGGCCGGCGAUGACACCCCGGAUGUGGAUCCCGAGCUGCUGAGGUACUUGCUGGGGCGGCUCCUCACGGGAAGUCCUGACCUUGAGACUGUGGCAGCCCCUCGCCGCCUCCGCCGCGCAGCAGACCAAGAUCUGGGCCCUGAGGGGCCACCUGAGGGCGUGCUGGGUGCACUGCUGCGGGUGAAACGCCUGGAGACUCCCGCGCCCCUGGCGCCCGGGCGCCGUCUCUUGGCACCCUGAGUAAUGCUGGAAUCCCAGGAGCCCUCUGACCCAGGACUGCCCACCUCGCCUCUGACACUCAGACUGCUUUUUCUCAACAUGCUGAGACCCCAGCUACUGUCUGUUUGCUGCCCCCUAAUCUCAAGAUCCCUAUCAACUGGCUCCACAAUAAAUAUGAUAUGAAGCA